AUGCCUUCCGAUGUCAAUCGCAAUGUUGUAUAUCCGACUAUAUUUUGUAAUUCCAACAUAGAGGAAGAAGUAAAUAAUAACACAAUUGAAAUUGUAGAACUGAAUUCCGAUGCAUCCGAAAAUGAACAGAAAAACACCAAUAAUCAUUCCUGGUGCAACACAAACGGCAAAUUCCAAGAACAACAGGACGAUUAUAAAGUAAAUCGAGCUGCUAGAGAUAAGAGACGUCAUAAUAAUGAAAAAGAUUUCGUCAUAAUAAGCGAAAACUUCAACGAUGAUAAAUACAAUGACCAUGACGUUUUGAAUCAGUUUUGUACAGAUUUCUACGGUUUUGAUUGCUAUGACAGAGGUGAGAGAAUAUCAACAGUAAAUAAUCCUCGAUCAGAAUUAAUCACAUUCAUAAAUAAUUAUAAAACCUCUGACACGUCCUCGGAUACAAACCUAUAUGAUGACAACGAAGUAAUUCAGUGUGACAGAACCAUUGAAAAUGAUUAUUGGAUCAGUGAUCAUGAUUCAGAUACUAGAAAUAUUACGUAUGAUGUUGAUUGCAAUGGCGAAAAGCCAACUUUCUGGAUAUAUGCUUUAAAAAACAAACGUUAUAUGUCCGAACACGAUUUCGAAUUAUCAAAUAUUUCUAGCAAGGAAUCAACCAGUACUACUGACGACGAACAAUCAAGUAAUAAUAUUCCAAACAUCCAGAGAAUUGCAACACCCAUUCCUGCUUAUAUCCCAAAAAUGAAUUUUCCUUUAUCUCCUACGUUACCAACAGUAACGGAAGUAACAGAACCAAAUAAACAAGCCUCGAAUAACUCUGAUAUUAGUACAACAAACACAGAAGACACGACGCAUCUGCAAAAACCUUUAAAUGGUUGGUUUAAAAACGAUACACCUAAUGAUAAACCGAAUUCAGACAACAUUGAGCCUUAUGAAAAUAACUGGCAGCCGUUGUCACCAAGAGAACGAAGAAGAUUGAGACUAAAUAAGCAAAAUGAACUCAAUACGCAGAAAGAAACAAAAACACUUUUUUACUGUGAGCCUGAAAUUAUUAUCGGCAAUAAAGAACUUACACCUACAUUAAAUAUUGAGAGUUUCGAAAAAGAAAUAGAUGAAAAUAAUGAAGACGAUCAAGUCAAAAAUGAACAUCUAGUUUCUUCAGAGAACAAAAAUGAUAGUGAACCGGAUGAACCACUAAACAAUCUACAAAAACCGCAAAUAAAAAUAGGUACUAAAAUGAAGACACGUACAAAAGAUAUCACUGAUCCAAUAAAAAAACUGGAUGGCAACUGGAUUGGUCAAUCUUUGCCACAUUGUGAGAAACUAUUAGAAGUAUACGAUUAUAAUUUUAUGGAUACAGAAGACAAUGACGCACAGUUAGCUUCUCAAAGCACUGGAGGCGCUAUGGAAGAAGGUGCUAGUGAGCUAUUGUUCAUACGAAACAUGUCCCUCUUAAAACCAGCUGAAUGGACACAAUAUUUGCCAUUAACUGACAGCGUGCCUUCUUUACAUCUGUCUUUAUCCAUAGACACAGAUUUUAAUCAUGACAAAAAAUCAUGGCUCAAAAGUUUCUUAAGAUUCAUUAAUUGCUGUAAAUAAUUGUAUAGGUAUAUUAUUUAUUUAGGAUCAGAUAGAAUUAAAAAACGUUA